AUGGGUCCGUGGAAUGGAAUUCAAUCCCUCGUGGUUACUAACCCAUUUUUUCGCAGCUCGAAUGCCCGUGCGGCCACAUGGCUCACCUCUAAGUCUAAUAAUGCAAAAGAAGAGAAGCGCUUAGAGCUACAGAGCGGCGAAGAAGACCAGAGCACGAAAAAGUCCCGGCAAAACUCUCGCUCGGAGCGACGACGCCUGCAGGCUCAGCUGCGCGAGAGGGCCCAGAUAGAGCUGGAGCAUGUGAGAACUGCCAGGGAGCAGCUGCACAACGUAGAUAUAUUCCCCUAUAAAGCGCAUGAAGGGGACGAAACACCGAGUUCACCUAACAGGCGCAAAGAACCCCGAAAGUUGCCUCUUGCUGGCUCCACAGGCGUAUCAACUGACUGUUCAGCGAGCUUUCUGGACGGGUAUGGCGAAUUCGCUGAAUGGUCGGAAACACAUGAAUCUCCUGAACCAACGAACAUGCAACAGAAAGAACCAGGACUCGAGUGUGCCUCACCCUUGAUUUUUCAAGAGGACGCUGCCCCCCUUGUUCGCCAACUGGCAGUUCCUCAGCAAAUAUCUCCUGCCAUCAUGAGCCCUGAGGAGGGGGAUUUCGAGUCAGGAACGGCUACGCAUGUUGCUUCGGAGCAAGCGGCUCCUCCACCAGUUCAUGAAGCGGGGCUCUCCAAAUCCAAGAUGCCAUUAUCAGUGGUUCGAGAAACUAGCGUAAUAAAAGCAAAGACCUUUGCUCCACUGGCUACGGAAAAAGAUUUUGCCAUGCUUAUUGAAAAGCUGCUCGCCUUUCGCAUAAUUUCCCAAGGGGCAGCUGCUGCAUUAAGGGCUCCUGGAACGAAUGUUGGUGGAAUGGAGGAGCGUUCAUCAGGCACUGCUGCGUGUACGCCUUGCGGGAAACCAGGGCUCCCUUCCGCAACAGCUGUAGCCAAAGCACUAAGUGAAAAUAUAUUGCGCUGUCAUCCGAUGUGCCACACAGUGCGCUCCAUCCUCACGUCAAAGUCAAUGGCUGAUAGCAGUUCUUCGUCUUCAAGCGAAGACGAUGGCACUAAUCUGCCUGCCUACAGGACAUUGUCGGUUCAGCGGCGUAGUUGCAUGAGACGCAGGAGUGGCCCUCUCCGGUUCUUUCGGAGGGCCACGUCUCGUGUGGAUUGGGCGGCAAACGCAGAUGAAGCCAUUUAUAUUGAGUAUGUUGCUCCAGUGGUCUCGCUUCUCCCUCCUGAACCUGUCGAGGUCCACGCACCCUCUCUUGUUGAACCUUCCAAACAAAUCAAAUUAGCUUCGCAGGAGGCGGCAGCGGCAAGAGCAGCGGCAGCGGCAAAAGCAGCAGCGGAGGGGGACCCGGAACGAGAAGCAGCAGCGCAAGCAGCAGCGGCGACAGCAGCAGCCCUAGCAAAAGAAGCUGCACAAGAAGCAGCCGAAGUAGCAGCAGCCGAGGCCAGAGCAAUAGCUAAACAGGAACAAAAUGCAGUUGCAAGACUAACAGCAGUGGCAGCGAUCCUAGCGGAAGCAGAAGCAAAGAUAUUGGCAGCGAAGGCAAGAGCCGGGCGCCUCAGUAAGGAGGAACUUGAGCAGUGGCAGGGGCUUCUGGAAGGAAGUUAA